GCGCUCAGCGGGCAGCAUCACAGAAACGGGAAAUAGUCGAGAUCAUAUCGUGGUUCGCGCUGACUGUCGGCUGAGCUCAGAAAGGAAAGGAAACCAAAGGACAGCAUGUCGUACACCAAGUUUGUUUCAGCUCUCACCAGGGCAAACUCGGGCACUGUGAAGACUCUCCGCGUCGCACCGGGAAGAUGUCGUUCAACCGUCGCAUCCACCAAGAGCCAGGAGGAGAAGGAGCAGCAGAUUGAUGGGUGCACCGUGGUGAAGGCUGUGCCAGUGGAACUCAUCAGCCAGACCAAAGAUUUUACAAAAACGCGGUUAAAUAAAAUCCACAUUGACUUCGACAACACACAGGAAGCUUACAGAAGCAAGGGAAACAUUGAGCUGCUCAGAAGUCUGCUGGUGUUCAAACUUUGUACAAUUGACAUCCUCGUUGAAAAGAACAAAGAGCUGAUGGAGCUGAGCAAGAAGGUGUUUGGUCAGUGGAUGUUUGAGAACAUGAUGAAGAUGACUUUCUACGGUCAGUUUGUGGCUGGAGAAGACCACAACUCCAUCAAACCUUUGAUCCAGAAGAACCUGGCCUUUGGUGUGGGGGCAGUUUUGGACUACAGUGUUGAAGAGGACUUGACACAAGAGGAGGCAGAGAAGAAGGAAAUGGACUCAUGUGUUUCUGAAGCAGAGAAAGAAAGCCCAGGCGCCGAUCACCGUGAGAAAAAGUACAAGGCCCACCGUCAGUUCGGGGACAGACGUGGAGGAGUCAUUAGUGCUCGUACCUACUUCUACGCAGAUGAGUCCAAAUGUGACAACCAGAUGGAGACUUUCAUAAACUGCAUUAAAGCCUCUGGUGGAGCCUCUGCAGAUGGAUUUUCUGCUAUCAAAAUGACUGCGCUUGGACGCCCUCAGUUCCUUCUCCAGUUCUCAGAGGUCCUGGUUAAAUGGAGACGGUUCUUUAGCCUCCUCGCAGCACAACAAGGAAUCUCUGAUAUGACGGUUCUGGAACAGAAACUGGAGCUGGAGCAACUCAAGGAGAGUCUGACUAAGAUGGGUGUGGGAGCCAAGGAUGACAUCGAAAACUGGUUUACUGGAGAGAAGCUGGGUUUGUCAGGGACGAUAGAUCUGCUGGACUGGAACAGUUUGAUCAAUGAUACUACAAAAAUGUCCAAUCUGCUGAUGGUGCCAAACCUCGAGACAGGCCAGCUGGAACCUCUGCUGAACACGUUCACAGAUGAGGAGGAGAAGCAGAUGAAGAGGAUGCUUCAGAGAGUGGAUCUUUUAGCUAAGCACGCCAUGGAGAAUGGAGUGAGGCUAAUGGUGGAUGCUGAGCAGACAUACUUCCAGCCAGCUAUCAGUCGACUGGCGCUGGAGAUGCAGAGGAAGUUUAACAGAGACAAGCCGAUCAUUUUCAACACUUACCAGUGUUACCUUAAGGAGGCUUAUGAUAAUGUAACUGUAGACGUUGAACUGUCACGGCGGGAGGGCUGGUACUUUGGUGCCAAACUGGUGCGCGGAGCCUACAUGUACCAAGAGAGAGACAGGGCCAAAGAGAUCGGCUAUGAAGACCCAAUUAACCCAGACUAUGAGGCCACUAACAGGAUGUAUCACAAGUGCUUGGAGUUCGUGCUGGAGGAGAUCGAACAGAGCAGGAAAUCAAAUAUCAUGGUUGCAACUCAUAACGAGGACACAGUGAAAUAUACGCUUGAAAAGAUGAAUGAUAUGGGCCUUUCACCCACUGAGAACAAGGUUUACUUUGGACAGCUGCUCGGCAUGUGUGACCAGAUCAGCUUCCCGCUAGGUCAAGCCGGCUUCCCCGUCUACAAGUACGUCCCAUACGGUCCGGUCAACGAGGUCAUUCCAUAUCUGUCUCGCCGAGCUCAGGAGAACCGUGGCUUCAUGAAGGGGUCGCAGAGAGAGCGCAGCCUGCUGUGGAAGGAGCUGAAACGCAGAGUGCUGGGGGGUGAAAUUUUCUACACGCCUGUGUACUAAGUCACAGGACCUCCACUUGCAAACUGCAAUAUAAGCAUUCCACCAUGUUGACCGUACAACUACCUGCUGACUGCUCAUUAGUAGAGGAAGAUUAAUGUCCUUCCUCAGCCAGUUCAUUUUGAAUUACACUGACAGGUGGUUUUAAGUAUGGUAUGGGUUGUGAUUGAGAUUUACUUUGAUUUUUGGCAGUAUAUUUAACAAGGACAUUUUUAAAACACCACCAUAAUAAUACAUUGUGAAGUUACAUGCGCUGCUUCAUUCAGAAGUGAUUGAUAUUUGUUUCUGUAUAGUGUUAUCAUAAUACAGCAUUGGUUUAUUCAGUAGAGACUUUGUUGUAUAUGUCUGGUUACCAAAGUGUCCUAACCUGUGUAUAAAAGCUCACCUGUUCUUUGUUUUUAGGGUAGAGUUUUUAUUGGCCGGCUGUCACUUAAAAAGUGCCUUAUGUUUGUUUUCUCAAUAUUAACUUGAAGCAAUUAACUACUGUACAACUUCUGCACACUCCUCCAAGGGGAUUGUACUUUUUUUUUUGCAUGUUUUUUGUUGGUACUGUGUGUCUUUAUUUGGAUCUACUGGAAUAAUUACUUUGCUUGCUUUUACAUAGCUUAGGCAUCUGAUUACAGUAAACACUGUGAAGAUCUACUGUAGAUUUAUGUUUUGGGAUGUAUAAUCUGUUGCCCAUCAAAAGCACAAACAGAACAUGCAGCAUCACAAACCAUAUGAUCCUUUUAUGUUAUCUUUCAUGACAUUAUAUCCUAAAGGCCAAGACAAGAUAAAGUAACAAACAACCAAUGGUCCUGUUUCUGGUUGUUACAUGACCUGACUUCAUAUUUCUGUUCUUUAAAUAUAGACAGGGACAGGAGCAGAUGUUCAGAGCACAAAAGCAGAAACAUUUGUGCCAUGUGUUCCAAAAUGUUCCACAAACACUUAAAGGUUACUGCUGUGAUUUUCAUGGAAGACUGCUCUCUAGUACUCUGAGAACACCUGCUCUGUUGUGUAAUAUGCAAGGGGGGAUGGAGUGCCUGUGAGUUCACUGUUAAUGUAGCUGAGACUUUAAAAGAAUCAGUCGGUGUCUGUGUCUGGUCUUAAUGCUGUUCAUAGAUUCUGUAUACUUUGUAGGUUUAAGGGUCUUUGGGACUGAAAUUGAACAGACAACUUUGAACAAAACUGAAUCCCUUUUGCAGAAUUUAUGAAAAGUACUAUAUUCAGAAUUUGUCAAGUCAUUUUGAUCUGCAAUUUGGUUCCUGUUUUUAAAAGUGCUACUGUCACAGCAUGUUGAUGCCUUUUUCUAAGUCACAAGUAUUUGAUGGUGUCCUAAAAAACUCGAUUAUGUGUGUUCACCCUUUUCACAGUCUCACUGUCAUGAUUUUAAGACAAUACCAGCAACACACAACCUGCCUCUGCUCAUUUGUGGGUUGGAAAAAAAAGCCAUUAGUUAUUUUUUUCAAUUCUUGUUAGUAACAUUAGCAAAUUUAGAAUGACAAAGUAGUACACUUUGUUUUAUGUUUCCCAUUCUUCUGUGUUUAGGUUCUUAUUAAUUUAUCACUGUAUACUAUGUUUUGUACAGUUGUGAAAUAUGUGUAAUUAAUGAUCAGUACAAUAAAAUGCAGUAACUAUUCAAAUAAAACAGAACUGUGUUGACUCA